AUGACCUCAAUGGUCUUGAGGGCGAACGCACGAUUGGCCUUCAUCGGAUUACAUCGAGAAUCGAUUGAAAUGAGACGAAAAAAUAAAGGUGCAAACAAGCGCUGUCUCACAACACAGGCACAACAAGGAUAUACUUCUGAGUCUGAUCCGGAGCUUUGUCCUAAUGUGGAUUCUCAUGCGACAAUCACUUCGCCACACUCAGAAACACUUCUCAGAUCAUACUCUAUUUCAUCCCGUCGAAAUUUGCGUGAUGGUGGUGAUGAGCAGUCAUCGAUGCUAGUCAUUAAGGAAAUGUCCGCUGCUCCUAAUAAUGAGGUAACAGAAAGUGCUAAAAAAGCAGUAAUUCCUGAAUCUGAUACGUGGUUGAAACGGAUCAAACGAUCCUACAAAUUUCUGCAUCUCAAUUAUUUAUUUUCAUUGGCAUUUAUGAUGAUUUAUAUGUUCCUUGGUGCACUGUUAUUCCUCUGGCUUGAAAGAGCUUCAGAUCAGGCUCGAAAAUUGCAUGAAUAUAAAUUUUAUAUUCAUGAAAGAGAAUUGUUUCUCGAACAGCUCGAUAAUAUAUAUAAUGUCAAAGUAUCACAGCAAAGAAAAGUUUUGUUGAAGAAAGCUAUUGACUAUUUACAUCGGCAAAUUGGAGUUUCAUUUAGUAAUCGAUCAGAAUGGUCACUUACAACUGCUUUAUACUAUUCUGGCACAGUUCUCACGACAAUCGGUUUGUCUUUCUUUUAG